UUUGAUUUUCAAAUUGUAUGUUUUGAUUUUUUUAUGAAUAAGAAAAAAAUAUAUCAUACAGGUUUAUGUUGAAUAUAUUAUAGUAAAUGUAAUGGAUUUCUUAGAAGUAACUGAAGAUAAUAUCCAAGAACUAAUUAAGGAAAGAAAUAACUGUUUGCCGCCUUUAUUAAGCUCUUUAAAUGAUAUAGACAAUUGUACAAAACUCUUGGAAAAUGUAAGAUUGUGUGCAAAAUAUUUUUCUACAUACACAAUAUCGAAUGUAGACCAAGAAUUACUGCAACAUGUUGUACAUGCUGUAAAAAAAAGUUUGUUGAAGGUAUACGAUAAUAACUUUCUUUUGUCUGAUACAGUUGACGAAGAGUACGUAGUGAAAAUUAUAAAGGAGAAUCUUCAAGUAGCUGCAGGUUUUAUUCAAUUUAUAAGGACUAUUUUGGAGUUCCUUGGUCAAAAUAGUGAGAUAAGUUUAAAAAAUUUAAACAAUACCUUGGCAAGUUUAGCACAGUUAAUAUCAUCUACAUUUGAACACUGUAAACAUAGUACUAAUGUUUACAAACAGUCUUUCAAUGUGGAAUUGAUGGAAUUGUUUAGAGUUACACAAGAAGUACAUUUACUGUUUCUUAAAUUAUUUGAAACAUACAUUGUUGUGAAAAAUGAAGCAGACAAUAUCGAAGAGAUUAAAACGCUCAGGGAGGUUUUAGAUAUUAUAUGUGGUAUGAGCGAAAUAUUGUCGGAUUUGAACAUACAAUCAAUGUCCGACAACUGGAAAGGAUAUACAGCGAUUGUAAAUAAAUUUUCGUCCAUUUUGGUACAUAGUAUUGAUCUAAAAGUGCCCAUUUCAUGUUUGACUUACCAGGUGGACAAAAAUUUGUCGUUUAUUGAUAAUAAGGAUGAGAUUGAUCUAAAGCUUGUAACUCAAGUGAUUAAAAUUACCAGUUUUUUAAUCAAGGUGGUUUUGAAAAUUUGCGACAUCUUUUGGAAUUGUCUAGUUAGAUUCUCGACUGAGGCUUUAAAAUUUUGUUGCACGGUAUAUAGUUUUCCGGUAGAACUGUUUCGAUCACAAGGACAUCUCUCCGAGACUUUGAUAUUAAUAGAGAAUUUCGUUUUCAAAACAAUAGAACCCCUAUUAGUGCGAUUGUUGAAAGAUUCCAAGUCUCUCGAGAUAUUGUUUACGGAAAACUUGCUUCGCGAUAUAUAUUCUUUUGGACAUUUAAAUGUUUUGAAUAACAUUUUAAGGAUUCUCGUUUCAAACCAAAUAAAAAUGUCGGAUCAUAGUGUUGGUGGUAUAAUAAAUGCAAUAUUUAGCUGUACCAGUUUAUGUUUUGCAGAAUUCUUUUGGGAAUGUGAACCUAAGGACAAUAUUAUUGAUAGUUUAGUUUUGCAUAUUUCAGCAACUGUGAUCUUCUACGACGAAUAUUAUGGAGAAAUGGAAAGCAUUUUGCUCAAAUAUCUUCUUCAAGAUCACAUAUUCGCGUCGCUGUUGGCAAUGGAAAUUUGGACGCUUCUUUUAUGUAACUCGACUCCACAACUUUGUUUAUCGACCUUGAUCAACCUCAUCCAAAAGUAUCAGGAAAUAAACUUCGGAGUCCUCACGCAUCGACCGGAACGAAUAUACUUGAAAUGUUUCAUACAAAGAAUCUUCAAAAUGUUGCCUAAUUACACUAAGAAUGAUUUUGUGUUACGAUAUAAUCCAGUACGGUCUAUGGAUUGUUGGAGAACAAUCCAUUUCACGAAAUUUCCAGUUCAACAAAGAUUGUCUAUCGAAGGGAUCUGCAUGGCUACUGUGGAGAAGAUAGAAGCAAUAGGAAAAGGAAACAUGAAUUUCACGGACAUUGUUUUCAUUGUUGAAAAUUUUAGAGCCUUGUCCACUGUAAAUUUCAGAGAAAUCGGACUGGAUCCUAACAAUUUAGCUAAGACCGUACUCAGUCUUUGGAUAUUUAAUCGGGGUGCUUGUGAUAUCAUGGAGAAUAAUAUAUUUAAGUAUUUCAUGACUGAAUUGUGCAAGAUUACCGGUGCUCUUCUAUCGGAAUUUAAUAACAAACAACUGAUAAUGGUGUUGUCUCAACUGAGAAUUCUGUCGUGUAAUGAUUCAUUUAAACUACUAGCGUGCAACUUUUUAUCCAUUCUAAGCAAUAAUCCUUACGAAAACCAACAAGAUACUUUCAUCAAACUCCACACCUUGGUAGCAGAUAUAAUUUGCCAAAAUCUUUUAAUGAAUGAGUCUAACGUGAUCAAGCAAGAGACAUUAGAGGUUAUCCAAAAUUUUGCUAUAAAUGAGAAGCAAGACGUGGUGAAAAAUGUUUUACGAUUGUCUAAAGAAAUGCACAACGUUGUUUUUCAAUAUUUGCAAAGGAAUGUAGCUGCAAACAAGUUUGAUAGGGAAUAUUUCGCAUCACUUGGUAAUAUUUACUUCCAACACGAAUGUAUCAAGUGGAAAAAUGAAACUAAUUCUCCAAGAAGAAAAAAAAUGAGAUACGACGACAGUUCCGUUGAUGUGCAGGAAAUAGAUUUUCGUAAGAAAGAACCGUUGCUUGCGGAAAAACCUGAGUUGAAACCUUCGAAAUGGUGUAACCCUGUGGAAGCCCCAAAGAUUUCUGAUGAAAAUAAACAGGAUGGAAAUAUUGCUGAUGCCAUAGGCAGCAUAAAAGGUGAAGUGAAAUGUUUGGUAAAUAUAUUGAAAACUGAGAAGCUGACUGCAAAAAAUGCUUCUGAUAUUCGGAUGAUAGCAAAUCAAUUAUUGUCGCUUUUAUAGAAAAAUAAUGAG